AUGGAAGCAGAUGAUAUAAGUGUUAUUAUUAAUAAUAAUACUAACAGCAAUAAUGGAAGCGGAAGACCCAAGAGGAAGCCCACCACACCUAUUGAUCCCCUUUCAGUGACCGAGUCACUUGGUUUUCAAACUUUCAGAAGAGAGAGUAGAAGACCGUGGACCAAAGAAGAAGAUGACCAACUUACAAAGAUCAUGAUAGAACUACACCCCGGAGCUAACGAAGGUACACCGUCUAUGCUUUCUGGAGAUGAAGUCAAGUGGGACGUGGUGGCUCUGUUUUUCGCAGAGACUUCGCAAAGAAAAGCUAAAGAUUGCAGGAAAAGGUGGUGUAACUCAUUGGAUCCAAACUUACGAAAAGGUAAAUGGACACCCGAGGAGGAUGCUCAAUUGCUUAGUGCUUUUCAGAAAUAUGGAGCUGCGUGGAAGAAGGUUGCUAGCACAAUUCUGGGAAGAACUGAUGAUCAAUGCGCCAAAAGAUACAUAGAAGUAUUAGACCCAAAGACCAAAGAUAGGUUAAAACCUUGGACUCACGAGGAAGAUUUAUUAUUGAUUAGAAGGGUCAAAAUACAUGGUACUAAAUGGAAGACAAUCGCUGACGAUAUUGAGGGUCGUCCAUCUCUUACUUGUAGGAAUAGGUGGAGAAAGAUUGUCACUGAUGUGGUAAGAGGUAAGGCAAGCGCUGCAGUAAAGGAAGAAGUUGACAUGAUAACGAAAGGUGAAAACGGAGCCAAACUGGAUCUAAACGAAAUCAAGUACGAGGACAUUGUAAAGUAUGACAUCGCAGGAAGUUCUGAGGAUAUUCACAGCAACCUAAGGAAUGAAACACAGCAGUUGUACAUGCCCCAAGCGUCUACAACUCAAAACCGUAGUCAACUCCCAAUCCAACUGGGACAGCAACAUAUUCAACUGCAUCUCCUGCAACAACAGGGACAAACACAUUCGAACUAUUCACAGCAAAAAGCUCGUACAUAUGAAAAUAUGCAAGCUUCUGUUCCAAAAUUAGUUAAAAAGCCAGUGCAAAGCGAAAUAGAAUGGAAAUACACAAUGGCCAACCCAGGGCAAACGAGAACUGCUCCAGGUUCUGGGGCUAAUUCGAAUGGGGAAGUAUUUCAUGAAGGUCCGAUUGCAAACCAAGAACUAGUCCAAUAUUUAAUUGGAUAUGCAAAAUCAAAUGGUCUAAACGUAACAGUUCAUCAACAUAUUCACCACCAUUAUCUUUCACCAACAACUACUACUCAUCAUCAUCAUCAAAACCAACAGCAACUGCAAAAUUCUCAAAGUACAUUAUCGCAACAACAAGAUCAACUGUUUGGCUCGUACAAACAAUCGUCGCAGCAAAUACAACAUCCCAACCAGCAACAACAAAUGCCAAAAUCACAACAAGGAUUGUACUCUCCACUUCCAACAAUCAAUGAUACCUCUACUGGUUUCUAUAUUGAGCCAGAGACCCAGGUGAAUAGAUAUCAACAUUUCAAUUACCUUCCACCUUUAACAGAAGUACCUAAACUUAAUUCUUCCGCUUCAUCGCCAAAUUCAUCUUCGAAAGACGGCCAAAUGCAUCAUCACCAUCAUCAUCAUCAUUACCAGCUACCUAAACCACCACCUCAGCAUGCUACUGGAAGUAACAGUAAGGAGUCUGAUUUGUUUAGGUUAUUGAAUGGCAGAAGUCAAAACAAUUCUCCUCAGCCUUUGCAAAGAGGUACGAGUCCAGUACCACUUAAUCCCUUAACUCCGCUUACCCAAGCUGUAGAAUUGGCAGUGGAAGUGGAAGAAAAUGGCAACAAGAGAAGUCAUAGUCAGAGGAAACAAGAGCAGUUGAAGGAAGUGGAAAUCCGUCAGGCAAUGCAAAAUCAACAAGAAGGAAAGGUUCACCAAAGUAGCCCAAAAAGACACAAAUUCGAAGAUGAUGACGAAGAGGGGAUGGAUUUCUGGGAAACUAUGCGUAAUCUCACUACAAGGCAAUCUUCAGAACAGAAGCUGGUAACACCAAGCGUUCAAGAAACUAGCUCCAGCAACAACAACAACAUUAAUAAUAGCAAUAACAAUAACAUCAGCAACAACAAUAAUAAUAAUGUCAAUAUUAAUAGCAAUAACAAUAGUGCUAAGUCUACCGCAGUUGCUGACAGGAAGCCGGUCUCUCAACAUCAUCCCUUGCAUCAUAUACCUAGUGGAUCAACACCAAUGCCAGCUGAAGAAGAUAUAGAUUUAGAUGCCUAUGGAUUAUUCUACAAUGUUUACACUAGAGAAGGCUCAGCACCAAUCACGAAUAAUGAACAAAGCACAUUCGAUUCACUAAAUGGAUUUGGAAUGAUUCCAUUCAACCCAUCUUAA